GUUUUAUGAAGUUUUAUUUUUUUGCUUGUUGAAAGUUUGUUUGUUUGUUCUAUGUUUGUUUGAAUGUUUUUUCCUUUCCUUGUUAUAUUAUUAUGCAUUACUUUGUUUUAUUUAUGUUUAACUAUGUAAAGUUUUGCAAUUUUGUAUUAAAUGUUUUUAUAAAGCAAUGGCCAUUUCCUGUUUUGCUUGAGGCUUUAACUAGUCAAGAAUUAAUAACAAAAUAUUUAAAAAAUCAAAAUAAUUAUUUAAUUGAUUCUUGGUAUUUAUCAAAUAUCAAAAUUGAAAAUCAGCCAUCAAUAAUGCCGAUAAUUUCACCUAAAUUUCCUGAACAAAACGUUGCAUUUAAUAUUAACGAAUAUACAAAAAGUAUUAUUUUGAGAGAAACAAAAAAAGCUUCUGAUCAUUUUAAAAACUUAAACCACAAUAAUUUAACAAAAGAAUGGUGGCAAAAGACAAUAUUUAAAAAAAUAAAUUAUAAAUUAAUUUACAAACAUUUUAUUUUGGUUAUUUGUACAGUACCAAUUAAGAUAAAAGAAAAUAUAAACAAUUAUUUUGGAAAUUUUAAAUGUGGAUUGUUAAAAACAAAAUUAAGAUUAAUGCUUAAAGAAUGGGCAGAAAAAGUUAACGGAGAAAAAAUAAAAUUAGAGGAAUAUCAUACAAUUUCUGGAUUUGAAAAAGAAAUGAGAUGUGUGAGAAUAAAGUAA